AUGACCACUACAACUGCAGCACCUACUUCAACAACUACAACUGAAGCUGCUACAACAACUAUAGGUCCUACGACCACCACAACUGCAGCUCCAACUACACCUGUAAAUCCUAUGACCACCACAACUGCAGCACCUACUACGACAACUACAACACCUACUACGACAACCACAGCACCUACUACGAAAACCACAACUGUACCUCCUUCGACAACCACAACUCCAACUACAACAACUGUAGCUCCUAUGACCCCCACAACUGCAGCACCUACAACUACAACUGAAGCUCCUACGAUAACCACAACUGCAGUACCUACUACGACAACUACAACCGAAGCUGCUACGACAACCACGACUUCAGCGCCUACUACAACAACCACAACACCUACGAUGACAACCACAGCUGUAGCUCCUACGACCACCACAACUGCAGAACCUACUACAACAACUACAACACCUACUACGACAACCACAACACCUACUACGGCAACCACAACACCUACUACGGCAACCACAACACCUACUAUGGCAACCACAACACCUACUACGACAACCACAACUGCAGCUCCAACUACAACAACUGUAGCUCCUACGACCCCCAUAACUGCAGCACCUACAACGACAACUGUAGCUCCUACGACCACAACUGCAGCACCUACUUCAACAACUACAACUGCAGCACCUACUACGACAACUACAACCGAAACUGCAACAAUAACGAUGACUUCAGCACCUACUAUGACAACUACAACACCUACUACGACAACACCUACUAUGACAACCACAACUGUAGCUCCUACGACAACCACAACUGCAACUCCAACUACAACAACUGUAGCUCCUACGACCACCACAACUGCUGCACCUACUACGGCAACCACAACCGAAGCUGCUACGACAACCACGACUUCAGCGCCUACUACAACAAUGACAACACCGACAUUACCUACUACAACAACCACAACUGCAGCUCCAACUCCAACUGUAGCUCCUAUGACCACCACAACCACAACACCUACUACAACAACCACUGUAUCUCCUACAACAACUACAAAUGCAGCUCCUACGACAACAACAACUGCAGCUCCUAUUACAACUUUAGAUCCCACGACCACUACAACAGAAGCACCCACUACGACCACUACAAAUGCAGCUUCUACGACAACAACAACUGAUACUCCUACUACAACCACUACAACAAAAGCACCUACAACCAUAACUGUAGCUCCUAUGACAACCACAACUGCAGCUCCAACUACAACAACAGUAGCUCCUAUGACCACCACAACUGCAUCACCUACUACGACAACCACAACACCUACUAAGACAACCACAACACCUACUACGACAACCACAACUGUACCUCCUACGACAACCACAACUGUACCUCCUACGACAACCACAACUGUACCUCAUACGACAACCACAACUGUACCUCCUACGACAACCACAACUGUACCUCCUACGACAACCACAACUGCAGCUUCAACUACAACAACUGUAGCUCCUACGACCACCACAACCACAACACCUACUACGACAACCACAACUGUACCUCCUACGACAACCACAACUGCAGCUCCAACUACAACAACUGUAGCUCCUACGACCCCCACAACCUCCGCACCCACAAUGACAACUGUAGCUCCUACGACCACAACUGCAUCACCUACUACAACCGAAGCUGCUACGACAACCACGACUUCAGUGCCUACUACGACAACUACAACACCUACUACGACAACCACAACACCUACCACGACAACAACAACUGCAGCUCCAACUUCGACAACUGUAGCUCCAACGACAACCAAAACUGCAGCUCCAACUACGACAACCACAACUCCAACUUUGACAACCACGACUUCAGCGCCUACUACGACAACUACAACACCUCCUAUGACAACCACAACACCUACUACGACAACCACAACUGCAGCUCCAACUACAACAACUGUAGCUCCUACGACCACCACAACAACAACACCUACUACAACAACCACUGGAUCUCCUACAACAACUACAAAUGCACCUCCUACGACAACCACAACUGCAACUCCAACUUCAACAACUGUAGCUCCUACGACCACCACAACUGCAUCACCUACUACGACAACCACAACACCUACUACGACACCCACAACACCUACUACGACAACCACAACAGCUACUACAACAACCACAACAGUACCUCCUACGACAACCACAAUAGCAGCUCCAACUACAACAACUGUAGCUCCUACAACCCCCACAACCUCAUCACCUACAAUGACAACUGUAGCUCCUAUCACCACAACUGCAGCCCUUACUUCAACAACUACAACUGCAGCACCUACUACGACCGAAGCUGCUACGACAACCACGACUUCUGCGCCUACUACGACAACUACAACACCUACUACGACAACCACAACACCUACUACGACAACAACAACUGCAGCUCCAACUAUGACAACCACAACACCAACUACAACAACUGUAGCUCCUACGACAACAUCUGUAGCUCCUAUGACCACUACAACUACAGCACCUACCGACAGCCGCUGCAGCAUCUUCUAA